GCGUAAAUUGGGAGUUACAUGAUUUAUGCCAUGCAUGUUAUGAGUAAACCGGACCUGCAACCCAUGAAAGAUGUGGUGGAAACGUGGAAUUGAUAGGUUAUGAUCCUGAGCCAACAGAAGAAGUAACGGAAGCGAAACUGAAUUUCGUCGACGAAAUAAAACAAACGGGGAUCAUCAGUGACUCUGAUUUAUUUUAUGUCAUUGAGAGAUUGAAACAAUUGCAGACGAACGAGAAAGACAAUGAUGGUAGUUUACAUCAUUGUCUACAAGAACAAGAAAAGAACAGAUUGAUCUCAACGAUUAUAACCUACCAUCUAUCGGCUUCUGACGAAAUUAAAGGUGUAUUAUGUUUAGAUUGUGGUGGUGUCCGUGGUUACAUGCCUAUUAAAGUUCUUAUGCAUGCAAUCGAAACCAAAUUCCCGUAUAUAAAUGAUCGUGAAGGAAAAAAUCGUGUAAAAGCUCAAAAACAAUUUACUAGUAAAUUUGAUUAUUUUGUUGGUACUAGCACAGGUGGACUUAUUGCUUUUUGUGUAGCUGUUAAUUAUGAUUUAUUUUUUUUGAAAGAUAUAUAUGUAGAUUUUCGUACAUACUUCA